CUUCUUACUCCUAACCCUCUCGUUCUUACGUUCUAUCUUCUACUUUUUCAUUUCCCACAGACACAGGCCCGAUGGCUUCCUUUCGAGUGCGCUUCGCUCCCCAGCGAACCUACCAUCUAGACCAAACUGAGAAAACUACGGCGGCACCGGACAAAUCCCAGUCGAAGCCCACUCACAGUCGCACCCGGUCGGGUUGUCGAGGCUGCCGUCAAAGGCGUGUCAAGUGUGACGAGACGUUUCCGGUGUGCUUGCGAUGUCGUCGCCGGGGUUCCAUCUGCCAACCCGUCCUCCCGGUCUCACAAUGGCAGCCCGAGGUGUGGUGUCUCGCCACCGCGAACCCCUGCACGCAGCUGUCCCAGCCGAUCAACGCGAAUGCCGAUGUGAACAUGCGCCUGCUGCAGUACUGGUUUGAGCGCAUGUGUCAAAUCAUGAGUCUCGACCCCGACCGAAAUCCCAUGUCUUUCCACCUGCUCAAGUACCUGUCUGCCUCGAGUUCACUCGUCUAUGUCAUCCAGUGCGUGAGUGCGGCUCAUGAACAGUACUUCCAGCCCUCCCAAAUGGCCCUGUGCCUCGAAGAGCGAAGCAAGGCGUUGCGGGACCUGCGCCAGGAACUGCAAUCCCAGAGCUCCGGCUCGCCCCUAUCCUCGCUGAUCGUUCUCAUGCUGGGCAUGUCGUCUUCUUGGAUCACUCCUCGGCCGACAGACUACGGCCGGGAGCAUCUGGUGGCCGCCCAGGCCUUUGUCGAUAUGGCCUUGGAGCAGCCUGUCCCUGUGGAUGAUGAUUUGAUGCAUCUGACCCUGGGAUUCUACGUUUAUUGGGACAUGGCCUGCUCUUUCUGUCUCGACCUCGCCCAUCAUCCUCCCGUCUCUCGACCCCGACUAGCCGCCUACGUGACGGCCGCUCGCUCGCGCUUCCACACCAUCACUUCCCACUCCAUCGACCUCUACUAUCUACUCGGGCAGAUCGGCCGAUACUGCCGUACCGUCACCGAGGGCCUGCCCCGAGACUUCGUCCGCGAGACGACCUUCGAAGCCGACCUCAACUCCUACUCCUCCGCCGAAGAAGACCCGUACGCCAACCUGCUGACCGAGGCAUUCCGCAACCACGGUCUCCUCAUGCUCUACCGUCUCUGCGGUCGGACAGUAUACAUGGCAUUGGAGGUUGAACCUGACGGGGAGGAAGAGGAAGAAGAAGACACCAACGAAAAAUCCCCUGUUCGAGCGCUGGCGUUACGGACUCUGGAAAUGCUACUUGUAACUCCGAUUAGCUCGCCACACGUAAACCUACACACAAUUCCGUUGCUCACUGCGGGGGCAGAAUUGACAUCGAAGGAUACAGAGCUACGCGAGCGAGUGAUCGAGCAGCUCCAGGCUGUCUAUUCCACGAACCGCAUCCCGCCGACGCUGUGGGUCAUCGAGCUGCUUCAAGAACUGUGGCAAUUACGCGACUCUGGGGUUGAGAUGACAUGGCUACAACUCAUGCUCGCUAAAGAGUGGCGGCUGAGAAUUGGCUAG